AUGAGUGAUACUACCAAACACGCUCAGCACUUUCACCGUCAAAGGCGUUAUAAUAGUGACAUUCCAUUCCGCUAUUCUGUUAAGGGUAGUUUCUUCAAGCAGCGAGUGAUGCAGAUUGAAUGUCCUCCUCUGGCUUUUAAGGUCAUGUGUCGCAUAAAAUGCGGAAAACCAACAGUCGUUAGGUUUCAUGUGACUGUUCUGAGUCUGGACACAGUAGAUGAAGGAUCAAUGACUUACGUAGCAGACAUUUUUAUGUCUCAAAGCUGGAAGGAUUACCGACUUCGACUUCCAGAAAACAUGACCAACUAUUACCGACUUCUCCCUGUGAGUUGGUUAAAACGGAUGUGGCGACCGGACUCUUUCUUCAAGAACGCUAAGAAGGUCACCUUUCAAGAAAUGACUAUUCCCAAUCAUUACAUCUGGUUAUAUUAUGAUAAAACUAUUCUUUAUAUGGUCAAGUUGACUCUAUUGCUUUCUUGUGCUAUGAAAUUCGAAUCUUAUCCUCACGACACUCAGACUUGUUCAUUAAAAAUCGAAAGCCAUGAAAGUAUAGCAACAUUUGCCAUAACUCUUGAUAUUUCUAAAGCUUUUGACACAGUGACACAUAAUGUGUUAUUUAUAAAGUUAGAAAAUAAAGGAAUUAGUGGCAUGGCUUAA